UUUGCCCAGUUUGAGUAACAGUUUAGAAAAGAUGUAAUUUGGUCAGUCAAAUAAGACGUAUACAUCCUAAAUGGCGCAGUACAAAAUAUAUGAUCCUGAGCAAGAGAUCCCCUGCCCAUACAACAAAUGUGAAAUGAUAAGAGCCAAGCGCAUGCCAUAUCACCUCAUCAGAUGCAGGAGGAACCAUCCAUGUUCAGAGUAUGCCAGCUGUCCCUUGAAUGCCACUCAUGUGGUGCCAAAACCUGAGCUACGGUACCACCUGGAAAACUGCCCAGAUAAACCACGACUGGAACAGAAUAUCGCUUUUGAUGCACAGAAGAAGGAAGGAAGCACACUGUUUACUGGUUGUACAAAGUUACCCACGUACAGUCAAAUAGACUUAAAGGCUGAUGAUGACUGGGAGAAAGAAAUUCCUCUUCUUCCUCGUAUUGGAGUGGAUCCAAAUAUUUUUGCCAAAAUGGAAGGAAUUCAACUACAAGGACUUACAUCAGCAGAGAAAAAACACAUGAAGGCACAAUAUGCUUUACCACCAGAGGAAAGAAGGUACUUUAAAAAUCCAGAUAAACCAGGAGAGCAGACAACAGGUGAUCCAAACCAGGAAGAAGAGGAGGAGGGGGAGUUAAGGAUUCCUAAAAAAGCUCCCCAGACCUACGUCCCCAAACCACAGUCAACCAAACAACAACCACACACUGUGUUCACCUUUUCCUUAUCCUCCACAGGGGUUGGCAGAGGUCAGUCAGCCACAGCUGGGGAACAGCCCUCCUUGGAGGGUGUGGGGAUGGGUGUUGGUCGGGGGAUUACAGGGGUUGGCAGAGGGAGGGCAGAUUCAGUACGGCAUGGCAGUGAAAAAAUGAACAAUUCGUUGAACAUGAUUGGGAGAGGACAGAGUAUCAGAGGACAUCAGGUGAUGAGGGGUGGUGCUGGAAGGUUGAUGACAGCAGGCACUGGACGAGGUGUUUCCAUGGACAGACCAGGAAAACAAGAUUGAAGUCCAAAAAGAAGUUCUUGAAUUUGAAGACUUUAUCUUCCAGUAAAUAUGAAAACCUGUCAUAAACUGUAUUGAGUGUCACCACUUAUUACGUUACAAAGAAUGUGGAGUUCUCAGAAUAUGAUUUUUUUGUUGAUUAUUCUGAUUCCUUACUAUCAAAGAACUAUACAUGUAUUUACAUGUAAUUGAAAAUUUUUUUUUGGUUAAUUGGGUAUGUUUCAUAUGAGGUACAUAUAUUGUAUGAGAUUAGUUUUGUUACUGAAC